AUGUCCGUCGAUGCCAGUAGGAAGGACGUCUUCUUCGCAGCAGGCAUAGCUGCAAUUGGAGUUGAGCUGCUCACUCACCCACUCGACACCCUCAUUACUCGAUUACAAUCGCCCUCGUAUGCGACGACGUAUCAGCGUCCGAAUGGCGGUAUCAACCCAGCCCUCUACCGGGGGUUGUAUCAGGGCUUCGGCCCAACGCUCAUCACCAGUAUCCCCGCCUCAGUCGCCUUCUUCACAAUCUAUGAAACGAUGAAAUCGACGCUUGAACCGGAUCAGGGUCCCCAAUCGACGAAAGCCCGCCAGCUGGCCACGUAUGCGGUUAGCAGUGCGGUGGCGGAUUUGGUUGCGUGCGCCAUCACUAAUCCCGCCGAAGUCCUGAAGCAGAAUGCUCAGGUCGUGCAUCAUGCUCGAUCCAAAAAGAGUCAUUCACCUCUGUUAACGACCGUCAGGCAUUUUUCCAGGCAUCCGACUAAGCUCUGGGCGGGGUACGCGAUUCUAGCUGCUAGCCAUCUCCCCGGGACGAGUCUGACGUUCCUGUUGUACGAGUAUCUUAAGACCUCGUGGUUCGAGGUAGCACAGCAUUCGAGUGAUCCGGGUGCUCAUGUCGUGGGUAGUUUCUACAGCGGUGCUCUGGCUAGCGUUGUGGUGUCGAUGCUAUUCGUACCGGUUGAUGUAGUGAAAACGCGCAUCAGACUUGCGGUGGGUACUCCCACCUAUGCGCGACUGCCCUUGAAGGCAGAUAUCCGCGCUAUACCUGCAUCAGUGAGGGCACAGCGGGUAUCGUCUGCUAAUGCUGUGGCUGUCGCGAGGGGUAUAUUGUCGAAGGAAGGGAUACACGGUCUCUUCAGAGGCGGGACCUUGACAUGCGUCGCGGCUGGUGUGGGAGGUGGUCUGUUUCUUGGGUGUUACGAUGGUCUUAGGGUAUACUUUGGAGGACAUGUAUAA